AAUCAUUAUAUCAUAUUAACGCUUUAGUCUUCACAAUGUGAAGUGCUGAUUCAGUUGCGCUAUAAUCUUAUUAUUUCUUCAUAGUUGGAUACAUCUCGCAAUUCUUCUAGCAUCCGCCAUGCUUAAAAGUGAAUAUGUCUUUGUGUAAUGGUUACUGGGGCAUGGGUUAAUCCUGUGUAGUAUUGAAUACAAGUGAAGUAUUGACCACGAGCGAAUACUAGAGAUAUUUUAAUUAUGAAUCCGAUGAAAAUAACUGACACGAAACGGGUCUAUUCAGAGAAAGUGCGCGUUUGAUUGUUUCGUGUUCUUGACGUAUAGGCGAUAACCGCAAAAUUUAAAGAUACGUAGAAAAGAUACAAUUGUGAGUACAGUCGUACGGGUUCCCGUGCUGUUAAUCGCCCGCAGCGAACGUUCGUCACAUAAAUAUCUCAGUCUUGGCAGUAUAGUUGGGUUUUUUUUUUCCUCGACUUAUCAUCAAGUACGUUGCUUGCUGGCAGGCCAUCGGUUAAGGUUUACUAAAUUUGGAAAUUGGUGGACUGUUUAUUGUUGCUCUACAUCGUAAAGAGGAAAAGUUUACAGCAUGAGCUCGUCGGGUAGAAUGAACGGUGGAUAUAGAUCGCAAUGGGCAGGAACACCAGGGAGGCGUGAGGCAUCCUCUAGGUUGGGUAGUGGUUCGUCGUUUAGCGACCGUUACGGGACUCCGUCGUCGGCCACAUCCCCAACAGACAGGUACGAUCGUUAUUCUUCAGAUGUUAGCUCGGCACGGGAUCGGUUUUUAGACAGGGAUCGGGAUAGAAAGGACUCUGGUGAUUUGACGGGCGACAGUGGAUCUAGGAGUACCGGUAAUCGUUUCCGUCGCUAUAGCAGCGAUACGUCGAGCCCAGCACCAUCGCCUACAGUUACAAAUGCUGCAUCAGCAAGGGAAAGAGUGAGCUCAUAUCAUGGUGGUGAAAAGAGUUCGACGACAAACUACGUUGGAUUUGCGACAUUACCGGACCAAGUGCAUCGGAAAUCGGUCAAGAAAGGCUUCGAGUUCACACUGAUGGUCGUAGGAGAAUCGGGACUUGGAAAAUCUACACUAGUAAACAGUCUAUUCCUGACAGAUUUAUAUUGUGAUAGAGCCGUUCCGAAUGCAGAAGAACGAAUAAGCAAAACGGUGGGUAUUGAGCGGUCCUCAAUCGACAUUGUGGAGUGUGGGGUAAAGUUGAGGCUAACCGUAGUCGAUACUCCAGGAUUUGGAGAUUCUCUCAAUGGCGAAGAUUCGUGGAAAGCGAUAGUGAAAUACGUUGACGACCAAUUUAACCAAUACUACAGAGACGAGAGUGGAUUAAAUAGGAAGAACAUCAUAGAUAAUAGAGUACACUGCUGUUUGUAUUUCAUAUCGCCAUACGGUCAUGGAUUACGACCUAUCGAUGUGAAAUUUAUGAAAGAACUUCACAACAAAGUCAACAUAGUACCUGUAAUAGCCAAGGCAGAUUGCCUUACGAAAUCUGAAGUGAAAAAUCUGAAAUCCAAGGUAAUUGAUGAAAUAGAAGAAAACAAUAUUUCUAUCUACCAAUUUCCUGACUGCGAAUCUGAAGAUGAAGAAUUUAAGCAGCAAAACAUCGAACUCAAGGAAAGUAUUCCUUUUGCUGUGAUUGGUAGUAAUACUACAAUCGACGUUAACGGUAAGAAGGUGCGGGGCCGAUUGUAUCCAUGGGGCAUCACGGAGGUUGAGAAUCCAGCCCAUUGUGAUUUCGUCAUGCUACGCAACAUGUUGAUUAGAACUCACAUGCAAGAUCUAAAGGAAGUUACCGGUGACGUACACUAUGAAAAUUAUCGUUCGCAAUGCAUACAAACCGAUAAAUCGGCGCCAAUGUCGAAACGCACAGGGAGAAUGAAGAGGGAAUCUGUGAUAUUAGAAGAGAACAACGAAAAGGACAGAAUGCUGCUGGAGAAGGAGGCAGAGUUACAAAAGAUGCAGGAGAUGUUGAAGAAAAUGCAAGAACAGAUGGCGCAGCAGAACCAGAAUCAGAACGCAUCGACCACCAGUCAAGGCAACCUCAUAUAAGCCUCACACUCUCGGUAUAAUUUCUAUUAAGUAUCAGCAUUAAGAUUACGCCCUGAAAGUAUGCCCGGUACAAUGAUGGAUACACCAUUUAGCUUAUAUCAUUAACGCAUUCAAAAUAUGUUUAUAAAAAGCACAUACUCUGUAUAAUGCUUAUACAAUAAACAUAAUAUACAGUACUGUAUAUACUUUCAUUAAUCUACAGGUUAUAUGGCUAGACCUAUGAUAUACUUUUUUAAUAGUAGGUAUAUAGGCCUGUGUAAUAGUUGAUUGAUAUUCUGUAAUUUUGCUUUACGGUAAAAUUACGUAAAACCUAGGCCCACAACACACACUAUCAUAAUAUAUAUAAAUAUAUGAUAUUCAAAAUAGGUUAUAUGUAUAGGCCUAUGUAUU